AUGAAAGAUACAACUCGAAAUCAACGAAUUGAAACUUCUGGAAACGCUACAAGUAGAGAAAAAAUAAGGAGCAUGGAUUAUGGAAAUUCUGCUCUCAACAAUGACGAGAUACCAUUUUUGGAUGAGUAUGUUAAUAAAACAUUACCGCUACACCUACAGAAACUGUUUCUUGAUAACCUCAAGAAGAAGAAUUUAAUACCGCACAACGUAUCUGAUACAAGCAGUUUCAUUUUGACACCAGAUAUUCUAAACUUACAGGGUUUUCCAUCAUUGCCUGGGAAUAUCGGAGCAGGUUCCUCGUCAUCGUCGAUAUCUUGGACAUUUGCCCAAGGUUUUAUAUUUGGUCAAAUUAGUGUGAUAAUAUUAUUUAUUAUUUUCAUAAAAUUCUUCUUCUUUUCUGAGGGUUCUUCCAAAUCUAAGAAUCCUCCGAUAGCACGAUCAUCUGAUACCUCAUCACUCUCUGAAAUCAACCUACUCUCUAUCUUAAAGAGAGGCAAAAAGGAUAGUGACACUGACUCAGAUGAUAUUUCAAAACCUGGAAACGCAGACAACUUAAGUGAUGAGCAAUCUCAAAUUAUAAACUCCAUUUUGGAAAAAACAUAUUACAAUACCUCUGCAGAUAAAUCUGAGUCCUUAGAUUGGUUCAAUGUAUUAGUAGCCCAAAUUAUUCAACAAUUCCGUAAUGAGAUUUGGCUAGAAAAGGAAACUGUAAUAAAAUCACUUAACAAUUUUUUGAAUGAAAAAGAUUUGGGGGAUCUUCUGGGCCCUAUCACAAUUACAGAGAUUGAUAUUGGGGAUUACUUCCCAAUAUUUUCUAAUUGUAGAAUUACUACAGUAUCCAAUUCUGUUGGUAAGAAAAAUUUACAAGCAAAAAUUGAUAUCGACAUGAACGACCGACUUGCGUUUGGUGUUGAAACCGAAUUAAUGCUGAAUUAUCCAAGAGCAGCAUUUGCUACUCUGCCUAUAAAACUUAAUGUUGCAAUCGUAAGAUUUCAAGGGUGUUUAAAUGUGUCCUUCACAACAGCCGAGGAUUUUAUAUCCAAGAGUUCCGAUACUAAAACGACAACAGAACCAAAUAAUGAGAAUGAUAAGAACGAAAGAGACGAUGAGAAUGGAUAUAAUCUCAUUUUUUCUUUUUCUCCUGAAUACCAGAUGGAAUUUAACAUAGAAUCAAUGAUUGGAUCUCGAGCAAAACUGGAAAAUAUACCCAAAAUCUCAUCACUCAUUGAAUAUCAAGUGAAAAAGUGGUUUGUUGAACGAUGUGUCGAACCAAGAUUCCAAUUUGUAAAAUUACCCAACAUUUGGCCAAGAAGUAAAAAUACAAGGGAAGAGAAGACAACCCCAACGGAUAAUUUGAAUAAAACUUGA